UAAAGCUCUUUGUCUCUAACUUGCAGGAGUCAGAGUCUGAGAACAAGCUGGAUGGAGAGACAGCAUCCGACAGCGAAAGCAAAUCCGAAUUUGGAGGAUCGCCCCCAGUGCCAACGUCGGAUGACACUCCGGAGGUCCUUAACAGAGCUCUCUCCAACCUGUCCUCAAGAUGGAAGAAUUGGUGGGUGAGAGGCAUCCUCACGCUGGCAAUGAUCACCUUCUUCUUCAUCAUCAUCUAUUUGGGACCCAUGGUCUUAAUGACAAUAGUGAUGUGUGUCCAGAUCAAAUGUUUCCAUGAGAUUAUCACUAUUGGCUAUAACGUGUACCACUCGUAUGACCUUCCCUGGUUCAGGACGCUCAGCUGGUACUUCCUGCUCUGCGUAAACUACUUUUUCUAUGGCGAGACAGUGACGGAUUAUUUCUUCACCCUGGUUCAGAGAGAGGAGCCCCUGCGGAUUCUCAGCAAAUACCAUCGCUUCAUUUCUUUCACCCUAUACUUAACAGGUUUCUGCAUGUUUGUCUUGAGUCUGGUGAAGAAACACUAUCGCCUCCAGUUCUACAUGUUUGGAUGGACCCAUGUGACGUUGCUAAUUGUUGUUACCCAGUCACACCUCAUCAUUCACAACCUGUUUGAAGGAAUGAUAUGGUUCAUCGUCCCAAUUUCCUGUGUGAUCUGCAAUGACAUCAUGGCGUACAUGUUUGGGUUCUUCUUCGGCCGCACACCACUCAUCAAGCUCUCCCCAAAGAAGACCUGGGAGGGUUUUAUUGGAGGAUUUUUUGCCACCGUUUUGUUUGGAUUGCUGCUGUCCUAUGUGAUGUCUGGGUACCGGUGCUUCACCUGUCCGGUGGAGUUCAACAACGACACCAACAGCUUCACAGUGGACUGUGAGCCGUCAGAGCUGUUCCAGCUACAGGAGUACAACAUCCCCUUGGUGCUGCAGUCCGUGGUGGGCUGGAAGACAGUCCGGAUGUACCCCUUCCAAAUCCACAGCAUCGCACUGUCUACUUUUGCCUCCCUCAUUGGGCCGUUUGGAGGCUUCUUUGCUAGUGGAUUUAAGAGGGCCUUCAAAAUCAAGGACUUUGCCAACACGAUCCCAGGGCAUGGAGGUAUCAUGGACCGCUUUGACUGUCAGUACCUGAUGGCUACCUUUGUGAACGUGUACAUCGCAAGCUUUAUCAGAGGUCCUAACCCAAGCAAACUGAUCCAGCAGUUCUUAACCUUGCGGCCAGACCAGCAGCUCCACAUCUUCAACACGCUAAAGGCACACCUUGUUGACAAGGGUAUGUUAGGGAGUUUGGAGGACGCAUAGACAGCCGGGCGAUUGGAGUAGGACUGAAAACAGACAAGCCUCCUUGAGGAAAUUCCUGGCUUGACUGAUUUAAGACAAUAACAAGGCCUCAUUUCACUGUAACUUUUCUUCCUUUCUUGGUAAAUGUUUGCAUUUGUGGGUUUUUUUAAAUAAUAUAUUUAUAUAGCUUUGGUUCAAAUGAGCAAAUCUUGAGUUUGUAGUUGAAAAGGAGUUAAAGCUUGGAAGGACUGUUGGGUGAAGUAGGAGGGUACGACUGUCCUCGUGGUCUGUUCUUAACCUUCAAUGCGUGUGGGCAGA